AUGGGCUUCGAAAGAAUCUUGUGGCCCACAUCGACCUAUUUUGGUAUUUUGCCCCCACCUAAAGUCAAAAGUGGAGAAGAAGAAGAAAAAAUCAAAGACAAGAAACACAAAGACACCGAAGAAAAUGGCGUCAACAGCAACAAUGCAUUCGGAUAUUCGUUCUGUUCUUCACGUAGCCAAUUCCAUCAUCAUCAAUCCCAAUCUCAUCCUCUCACGCGCCACCGCUUCCUCUGUGCGUCGGUCUUUUUUUCACGACCAAUACUAUCCUCGUAUCACAGGAUUUCAACUCCCACGUCAUUUCGAGCGAGAGCUUUCUCCACCGAGUCAACUGAACCUGUCGUCAAUCUUCCAGAGAAGCCUCCGAUUUGUACUGCCGAUGAGCUUCACUACGUCUCAGUCUCUAAUUCUGACUGGCGCCUCGCUCUCUGGCGCUACCAUCCUUCUCCUCAGGCGCCUCCAAGGAAUCAUCCGCUAUUGCUAUUGUCUGGAGUUGGGACUAAUGCCAUUGGUUACGAUCUCUCACCUGGGUCUUCGUUUGCUCGUUACAUGUCUGCCCAGGGAUUUGAGACGUGGAUUCUUGAGGUUCGGGGUGCUGGUUUGAGCGUACGAGGAUCAACUCUCAAAGAUGUCCAGCAGUCUGCCCACGAAGUCUCUCAGCAGAUGGAAGCUGUAGCUAAGAGUGUGACAAAUGGAUCUUUGUCUGCAGACCAGAAGCCAAGUAAUGUUUCCAGUCCCAUGCCAGAUUCUAGGGUUUCUGUUGUUGAAGAGGACCCACAUCUGGCAGGGAUUGUAACCGUAUGGGAUGAAUCGAAACUGGUGACAAUGUUGACUGAAAUUUUUAUGCGUUUGUCUGAAAGACUCUCUGGCUUUCUCAGUGAAAGUCAAUCGAAGAUUAUGUCUGCUAAGUUAAUUGAUCAGAUAUCAAAAAUCUUAGAAGAUUCUCAAUUAUCUGAACGCAUGAACGAGAUAAGGGGAAAGCUUUUGAGCUUGUUAGAAGCAAGACAAAACUCUGCUAUUGCUGGUCAAUUCAGGGAUCUGAGUCAAGGACUGGUUAAUGUUAUUGAGGAAGGUCAAAAGUCUGUUUCACCACAGUUGUCUGACUUGCAAGAGCGUCUUUCGUCAACCAUUGAAGAUUUCCAGAAACAGCUUGACUUGAUUGUGAAGUAUGACUGGGACUUUGAUAAUUACCUGGAAGAGGAUGUUCCUGCUGCGAUGGAGUAUAUAAGGGCCCAAGCCAAGCCAAAGGAUGGUAAAUUGCUUGCUAUUGGACACUCCAUGGGAGGUAUCUUACUCUAUGGAAUGCUGUCACGAUGCAGUUGUGAAGGCAGAGGCUCUGGAUUGGCUGCUAUUGUUACUCUGGCUUCAUCACUUGACUACACACCUUCAGAAUCAAAACUCAAAUUGCUUUUGCCCCUUGCAGACCCUGCUCAGGCUUUUAAUGUACCUGUUGUUCCUUUGGGAGCAAUGCUGUCAGCAGCAUAUCCUCUUUCAAAUCGUCCUCCUUAUGUCUUGUCUUGGCUUAAUGAUUUGAUAUCAGCACAGGACAUGAUGCAUCCAGAGUUGUUGGAAAAGCUUGUCUUGAACAACUUCUGUACCAUACCUGCAAAACUUCUUUUACAGCUUACGACAGCUUUUCGAAACGGUGGCUUGUGUGACAGGAGUGGUAAAUUUUUCUACAAGGAUCAUCUACAUAAGAGCAAUGUACCUGUAUUAGCCAUAGCAGGAGAUCAAGAUCUGAUUUGCCCACCUGAAGCUGUUGAAGAAACUGUUAAGCUUAUCCCCAAACAUUUGGCCACCUACAAAGUGUUUGGAGAACCUGGAGGUCAUCAUUAUGCACAUUAUGAUUUGGUCGGCGGGAGGCUGGCGGUGGAGCAAGUUUAUCCUUGCAUAAUCGAAUUUCUUAGCCGAUAUGACUUGAGAUGA